AUGUGUAGGGUACAGGACGGAAAUAGGCGUUUAGCAGCUGAGAUAGAAAAUGUCAAAGAAGAGAAGACGUCCACCGAACAACGAUUCCAGUUACUUGUCUCGAAAACAUCGCAAGACUUAGCUGAAAAAAUUCAAGAAGUUGAAGAGCUAAAGAGAAAGCUUAUCAUACCGGAAAAAAUUGAGGUUUUAAAGGCGCAAGUAGCUGCUGAACUAGAACAACCAUUCAGAGAACGUAUAAACCAACUCGGUGCCGAAAUUGAUCACUAUCGCGGCGACUACAACAAACUACGCUAUGAACACUCAUUCCUAAAGUCCGAGUUUGAGCAUGAACAAGCGGAGCACAAAAGGAUUAUGGAGGAGACAACUCUACAGUAUGAAACAGAGAUUGAUAACCUACGAAAGGACAGAGAGGCAAUAAUCGCCAAGUACACCAGCGAAGGAAGUCAUGAUACGCAACGUGUCCGCAAUCUCCACCGGGAAAAUGCGCAGCUAAAUUUGAAGGUCAAAGGCCUCCUGACAGAACUUGAAGAGUUACGUGCACAGCGUGAACAAUUUGGUUUACAGUCGGACCACGUCACACGACUACAGGCCCGACAAAUGUCCGAACAUGUUGCUAACAUUAAAGCCCUAGAGGCAGAAAAAGAUUCCUUUAAAAAUCAGGCUGACCACUUACAAAAAGAACUCCAAUCUUCAUUGGACGCCCAAAGGCUAUUGAACACUAAAGUUCAUGACCUUGAAAAAGAGAACAUGUCAUUGUCCGGACAACUGGAGGAGAGCACUCACAAAAGCAAGAUCGACAUCACAAACAUGAAGAUGGAGCUGCUGAAGGUUAAAGGAGAGUUAGAACGCGAGAGAGACACAUUAGCCAAUGAAAUUGAAGGUUACAUAACAAAAAUUGAGGUACUGCAACAGUCAGUUGACGUCAAAAGCACCGCAUUAGCUGACAAAGAACGUGAGCUUGUGCGAAAAGUACAAGCUGCACGGGAAGAAGAAUGGCAAAAAAGUAACGCUUUAGAGACAGAAAAAUUAGAAUUAGAGGCAAAGCUACAGGAACUGGAGAAGAUGAAGAUUGAAGAAGAAACAAGGAUUCAUGCCGAAAAGGAAAGGUGGGAAGAACAAAUUAAGGUGGCAGAAGAGAGGAGAGACGAAGCAGAAAAAAGCCUACUUGUUCUCAGAACAAAAUUUGACCAGAAUAAUAAUUUGAGCAAUGAAUUGGAUCAAGAACGACAACAAAAUGCUGGACUACGAGAAAAACUACAUCAAAAUCGCACAGAGCUCCUAAGUCUACAGACGAUCGAACAGGAACUGAAUGCGGAAAAUGACAAAUUCAAAAACUCUAUCGACAUGCUGAACGACGAACUUAGACUGGCUCGACAAGACAUGGAACAAAUUCAAGAGGUUACCCAGCAACGACUGGAACAACAUAGGCUAGCUAGUCUAGAUGAAAAGCAACAACUGCAGAAAAGGCUAGAGGAACUUGAAGAUCAGAUUCAAAACUUAAAUAAAAAUUUAGAAAUGCAAGAAAAACUCCAUAAAAAGAAAAAGAAAAAGUAUCAAACAGUUGUAGAUCGAUUGAAAGAUAAAAUACAGAUAGUAGAGGCAAAAGAACAACAACUAGAACUAGAGAAUCAAACAUUAAGGAGACAAAUUCCCAAAGAGACAUACUCAAAAGCUGUUCGUAAGUUACGUGAACUCCAACGCAAACAGAGCGAGUUCAAAAGUAUACUAGUCGGAGCGGACAUGAGCCUUGCGCCAAUCGCCAAUCUAUCAUUAGCUGGAGUGUUGCCAAAUUAUAGCUCAACGCCAUUUCAUCCAAGAAGCUUUUCAGAACAGGACCAGCACCACAACGAUAUAUCGAUGAUCAAGCGCCGUCUAGAGGAACUCGGCGACAACCAGAAACAACAGUUAGAUAUUCUACUAGGGGAGCCGCCGCAGACCGCACGGUCCGAUAACAUAUCCGUUAAAUCAGAUGCGGAAAAAGAGAACCUUACACUUGAUAAUAUUUCUGAAUGAAAUCUUUGCUGGAGUUACGUUAGUGGUCUUGAACAUUCAAUUUCAAUCUGAUACCAUUUUUUCAUAUCACAUAGAUCAAAUAUUUUUAUAAUUUUAAUUUAAUUUCUUACUUUUGUAUUUUAUAAAUGUAAUAAGAAGAUUGUGUUUGUAAUUUAAUUGUAUAUUUAUGUAUGGUGUCCACCUUAAUAUUUCUAUUAAAUAAAGUAACAUU